CGCGGAGGGGGGGCUUGCGCGGCCGCCGCCUGCCCGCUUCCGAGGCCGCCGGGCGAGGAGGACGGAGCCCGCGGAGCGUCGCCCCGGCCGAGCUGCCGCCGAGUGCCUCCCCAGCCCGUUUGCUGGCAGGUGGAAUGGAGCAGCCAUGAAUGGUGAUACCCUUUGCCAAGAGCCUCCCUCCCAGCUUCCAGACUGGAGGGAAUUCUGUGAGCUUCAUGCCCAGGCUGCCGCGGUGGACUUUGCCCAGAAGUUCUGCCAGUUCCUGAAGGAGAACCCCCACUACGACACCCCUGGGGCUGAGACCUCUUUCUCUCAUCAUUUUGCUGCUAAUUUCUUGGACAUCUUCAGUCUGGAGGUCAACAGGGUGUUUGUAUCCAAUUCUCCCACCAAAUACAACAUUGUACCAUUUGUGGGACUUCAGAACUGCCACAUGCCCUACGGCCGGGAUAUCUUGCCGAGGAAAGAGCAGACCUCUACAGAAUCUCUGGACAGCAUGGACAACCCAGUGCCCUCCAGCAGGUAUCUAAGCCAGUCACAGCAAGUUCAGAUGCGAAAGGUCUCCUCCUAUGGCCAGUCCCGGAGCUCGGAGGAUGUCUCUGUCCAUACUACCUCCAAGCCAAAAUUCAAGAAGGGCUUCUCCUUGAGGAACAUGAGUUUGUGCGUGGUGGAUGGAAUGAAGGAGAUGUGGCAUAGAAGGUCUUCUCCAGAGCCAGGCACGGAAGCUACUCAAGGCAGGCGGUCUGACAGGGAACACUGUUCCUCUGGGAACAAGGAACACAGUGAUUCCAGGGAGAAAUGGACUCACAAGCUGCGGCUUACUAAAGGACAGCCUUCCAAGGUGGAGCUGGUGGACAUUCAAAGAGAGGGAACCCUCCGCUACAUGGUAGCCGACGACACAAAUUGUGUGGGCAGCUCUCAGUGGCAGAAGUGUCGCCUGUUGCUGAGGAAAGCUGUGAAGAUGGAGGGGGAAAGGUUCCUUCUGGAGUUUUAUGUUCCUCCUAAGGCUUCCAAAGCAAAGGUCAGCAUCCCUCUCUCCGCCAUUAUUGAGGUGCGGACAACUAUGCCUUUGGAGAUGCCAGACAAAGACAAUACUUUCGUGCUGAAGGUAGAGAACGGUGCUGAGUACAUCUUGGAAACAAUUGACUCAUUACAGAAGCAUUCGUGGGUGGCGGAUAUACAGGACUGUAUAGAUCCCGGUGACAGCGGUGAUGACAUCGAACUUGCUUCCUGCACCCAGGGGGCCUGCCUACCAGGCAGAGUGUCAUCUUGUAGCUGUGAAUUUCUGGCUGAUGAUGUGCCCCGAUUUCAGGACGCAUGCGCUGGGUCUGCUGUUCCAGACACCAUGCCAAAUGCCGCCACAGUCAUCACAGCGCCACACAGUAGGAUCAGGGACUCCUUGGGAGAACACCGAACCCACGUGCCAUUGGAGAACUUCUUACAGACACUGGAGUCCCCGGCUGUUGGCAACCAUUUGGCAGGGGAGGAAAGCGAGCCAGAAGCAGAGAUCAACCUCUCAGACUUCCCUUGGUUCCAUGGGACCCUGUCACGGGUCAAAGCUGCCCAAUUGGUGCUGUUUGGUGGAGUCAGAAGUCAUGGGCUGUUUGUCAUUCGGCAGAGCGAAACGCGACCGGGCGAAUAUGUACUGACGUUUAACUUCCAGGGAAAAGCAAAGCAUCUGCGACUGUCCUUGAACGAGAAUGGCCAGUGCCACGUCCAGCAUCUCUGGUUCCAGACCAUCUUUGACAUGUUGAGGCAUUUUCACAUGCACCCUAUCCCCCUGGAGUCAGGCGGUUCUGCUGACAUCACUCUUCGCAGCUACGUGGCGGCCCCAACCUCCUUACCUGAGAUCAGCCCAUCUCCAGUUGUGGCUUCCCAACAGCCCAGUUGCAGAAAUGAUCUCCAGUCUCAACACUACUUUUCCAGCUUCGUCCCGGGCACUUUUCAGCCGGGCACUUUUCAGCCAGCCUCCCCUUCAGAGGGUACGGCUUCCUCCUCUUCCUCCUCUGCCAGCCAUUCGCUUUACCAUCGAGUGGAAGGGACCCUUAGUGCCCGCAGUCGCAGUAACAGCACCGAGCGUCUGUUUGAUUCCUCUGCUGUCAGUGUGGAGGAUUACCAUGAAAGCGAGGGAUCGCGCAACAGAACCCGAGCGGUGGAGAACCAAUAUUCAUUUUACUGAUUGGGCUGAUGGAACGGUUUUCAGGGUCCUGUUUCUCUUUCCCUUUGGAACAGUCUCUUGUGAGCGAGUGGGGAGAGCCAACGAGCCACCGGCUUCUCAGUUCCUUGAAGAUCUUAGCCUCUUGGUGGCCCUUUGCAUAUCUCAGCUGCUCUUUGGGGGUCGCUUUGGCCUCUGAAAAUGCGCGCAGUAGUCUCUGACGGCUGCAGUGUACUCUUGUCAUUCCCUUCAGUGUGCUUUCAACUCAAGAUGGCCCUCCUUAUUCUCAACAUGUGUGCUAGGUGGGGAAUUCCUGAGGGAGCCAGACCCUCCGAUUGAAGAAAAAUACCAUGGUUAUGCCCAGCCUAUCUUUAGGUUUCCAAAUGAAAGCCACCAACAAAGGGGCAGAAGCGUGAUGCAGAUGGGGAGGGGGUAGAUGCUGUAUUCUCAUGCCUCUGUGGGGCAAGCCUCACUUGCCUGGUAUUAGUUUCCAUCCAGCUGGCCACAUUCAGCUGGAAGCAGAAUGUAACAAAUAAAUGUAACUGCACCAGGGCUGGGUCCCCUCAUUGGCGCCUAAGAUAACAGGGUUGAAGUUGGGAGAGCCAAAGGUCAGAAUGGAUUGUAGAAUUGUGGCUGUCUUCCUCUUGCAGGGUCUCUUUUGAAAGAUGUAGCACUUUUGAAAGAUGUACCGUUAUUCCCCCCCCCCCCUUUCUAAGUCCUCCUGCUUUCUGAGCCGGAAUCAGACACUCGCUUUGCCUAGCUCAGCUGUGUCUACCUUGAUGGGCAGUGGACCUUUCCAUUGAAGUAGCUCUAGUUGGUGUUAAUGUAAAGACCUCAGGAGGAUGCGAAGAAUCCUUGCUGUCUGUCAUAAAUUUAUGUCUAGACAAUAGGAGAUCGAUGUUGGGACUCUGAAGCAGAAGAAGAUGCUCAUAACUGGAAGUCAGUUCAUAGGCUCCGACUGGCUGCUCGCAACAGUCCAGUGGCUGAGUUGAAUUUAGUUUGCACUUAGAAGUCUUUCCUGCAGCAGUUUUGAGCAGACGGCUCUUCAGUUUGAAAUAGGGCUUUUCAUUAUCUAACAGUCGGUGGUUGGAGAGCACUGGGCCCCUCAAUCUCAGCAGUCUUUAGCAGAAGGGUUUCUUUUUUGUUUGUAAUUUUCUCUGAAGCAAAAGGCAAUGCAUUAAUGCUGCUUUUCGCUUCCGCCACAGCAACUCCAUGCACAACAAAAGAGCUGUAUUCUUGAUGGUGUAUCCCAAUUAGGGGAAGAACUGAGCACAGACUAGCCCCAUAUCUGUGUAGACCAUACUUUCUAAAUGAUGUAGUUGGAUGGAGCCAUGGGAUUCUACUGGAUCUUCAUGGAAGUGGAAUACCUUUCUGGUUUCUGGUCUGAUACAAGUUGGAGGCCAGUCUAAGGGUGGUGAAACUUCCCCAUGUUAGAGAUGGGCUGCGUUCAGAGGUUAUCAUUCAGAGGUUACCAUGGUUUAUAAGCCGUGAUUCAAUCAGUCCCCUGGUUAGCUGUGAGCCAAAUGCAGACAGCUCCAAUUAUCCACAAUUUGAGGGAGGAUGGUGGUAUCAAAUCAUUAUUUCAAACCUUGGUUUAUGAAUUCAGAAAGUUUAGAGAGAGUUUGUUAAUCACAGCUUGCAAUAACAGUUCACUGUGAUUUCUGAAUUCAUAAACCAAAGUUUGCCAGCAUGCAUUGUACCUGGCUGUAGAGACAGCAGCAUCAAGAGGAUAUUCUCUACAUUGAGAGAUGAAAGAGCAGCAAGCUGAUCAACCACCACAGAAGGACAUAACCCUCCACUCAGUAAGCUACCUGCUCUUUACCUCUCAGAAACGCCCCGAUUUUAAUUCCUACAGAAAUUAUUAAACCACUUUGUAUUAGGAUGCCUCCAGGCCACCAACAAAGUGAGCUCCUUUUAUAAAUUUAAUGGUGCCGUCUGGGCUGACUUUGAGGUGGAAGUUCAGGAGUCUGGCUCUCAGGUUCAGUGGGGGGCCCUCGAAUGUAAGCUAUAACAUCGCAUUUGCAGUAUAUAUUACCAUCUAAAGCCCCCAUCUCUGUAAGACCAUUAAUUCCAGAGUAUAAAAUUACCUAACUGUACUACUUUAUAAACUUCCAAACCUAGAUGAAGGGAUAGGGGUUGGAGGAAAUCCAUUGGCCCAACGUUAGUUGAGUCGAGGCAGAGAAAGAGAAAUAGGAACCCUAAAAUGCUAUUCUAGCAUUUGUGGCUAAUAAAUCUAUAAUGAAACCACAAAACUUAUUAGACUCAGAACACUAAGUCACUGUUAACCGCUUGCAAAGUGCUCACAUAGAGAGCCUCCAAUUUGCAGAACUAAUCGCGAAGUUUAAGUCUUCCCCCCGCCACCCCAAUGCUCAAGCUCACCGGCAAAGAGCUAGCCACGCAUUAGGUGCUGACUCACCACUCCUGUGCAGACAACAGGAGUUGUGUUUUCCUGCUACAGGUUCAGAAGGUGUGCCCAGUUCCUGGCAUAUAAAUUGCGGGCAUAUUUUCAAUCACAAGAUCAUGGUAGAUGUCUAAAAAAUGUAUUGAGGUUUUGAGGCAUAGAGUGUCUAAUUAAAGAGAAAUUAAAAGUUUGAUUGCUCCUGUACCAGGGCAGUAGGUUGGAUCCAAAGAGCUUACACGGUUCUGUACAUGCGUGUACAAGAGGUCACACAGUGCUAAAGCAGGCAGGUUAAUAUGGCAUACCUUGUGCAAGAGAUAGCAACGAGCUCCUAUAUAAGCAGAAAGACAUAUUUUGGAUUGAUCUUCACUCUGCUCAAACUGCUCUCUAGCGUGAGGUGUAAAAUGACCUUUCUGUGAGAGGAAGUUACUUUCAUCCACACAAAGGCCUUUGGAUCCACUGACUUUAAUGAAGUUGUUUUUAAGACAAAAUCAUGGUUCCUUUAAGUCAUUACUUAGUUUUAACUUGAAACAAUUAGUUUUCACUUAACAACUUGAAACAAAAGCUAUUGAGAUUAAAUGAGAGGAUGAAUUUAAACCCUAAAAAAUUAACCUCAAGUAACAGUCUCACAUUAAAAUACUGUUAUCCAUGUUAUGUUAGCAAGCCGCAGUUAAGAGCAAGAGGUGACAUCAAAAGAGAGCUUUCCAUUUGAAGAAAAAGCUACAUGAACAUUCUGAUGAAACUGGCCCUAAUUAUUCAUAGUCAAACUAGGUUACAGUUUGAUUUCAUUCCAGUGUUCAUUCUUGUCCGGAUUCAAAAGCCACUGCACCCAUCUAUGUUUGAUUGGCUGAAGCCACAAACUGAGAGUUUAGGACUCAAAGGACCCCGACAACCCACAAUGAACCCCGUUUGUUGGUGUCCUCUGAACCACUUCUCUAGCACUUUGUCCCGGCCAUGAUUCUUUUUUGGGGCUGGGCAUAGGAUGCCAAAGGUAGCUUAGAAGGAAGGAAUGUCUUUCCCAUACUCGCGACUCACCUACGGUGGUUAAAUGAGUGGCUAAUUUCACCUCUUUUUUAAGAACUCAUCAGCUAACUGCUGAUUAGCAUGCAUAACAGGGACAGUAAGGCCUCAUAGUAGGGGGAAUGGAAUAGGCAGGAAAACCUUGGAGAUAUGGACACUUUGUACCACGAAGGUGUGGCGAAGGAGGUGUUGUAGAUAAGUUCUGUGAACAAAGGCUGACUUUUUUAUAAUUGCCGCUGAAUAUGAUCAGAGCAAGGGGGGAACUACAACCACUGUCUGUUGUAAAGUAUGUCCUCCUGCACGGAGGCUCAUCGGGCCGCUGGUCAUGUGAAAUAGAAGGGGAUGGACCAGCCUCGAGAGACCUUUUCACAGUGGUUUCUUCUGUGCCAAUUGGACCGAAGGGGAGAAAGGAGGACCCGAGGAGCAGCAAACUGCAAUGUUAAAUUUGUAAAUAACAGUUUUUAAGAGAGAAAAAAUGUGAAAAAAACUUAACGUGCUGUAGAAUAAAUUAAUUUUAUUUACAAAACCGAUGUGUAUAAGACAUGGAAAGAAAACGAUGUUCCGUGUUUCUUUUUUCUUUUUCAUUUUUCCCUCUCUGUUUUUGGAAAUAAAACAUGCUUUGAACAA